AGGUAUCCUGGCUCAGGUAGCCUGCUCACGGCUUUGUGCCCGUGCGGCCGCUUCCUGCUCUGUACUGCACACCUCCAUUCACAGCGUUCGAUGCCCAUGCGCGGCCGCCCUCUGUGUCUGAGCCUCCUCGCGUUGGUGGCGUACCCCGGCCUGCCGGCGGGGUGCUGGGAAGUGGGGCCCGUGGAUGGCACGUUCGCUCUGCAGGUCCAGCAGCAGGCGGGUGAGGUGGACCACCAAAGCCUCCUGGGGCGUCAGGCUCUCCAUGUGCGGGCGGGGGGAUACUACACCUACACGGCCGAGGUAUCAUUCGUGAUGACUGGGUUCAUCCUUCCGUCGUACUGGGCCAGCGAGCCCACGUAUGACGAGUCGAUCGGUACCCUCUACAAAUGGUACGUGAACAACAGCGUCUGCGUGCCGUACAACAUUUACAAUUGCCAGACAGCGCUGUCGGAUUCCCAUGAUCCCUCUGGCGUGUCGGUGGGCAUCAGCAGCGCUCAAAACACCAGCCACGAUGCCGAGUCUCUCGCCCUCGAACUUGAAGCCCAUACAACAGCCAUGGAGCAAGCCAUGGUUGGGGGGUGUCUCCGUGGUUCAGUAUAGCGGCUUUAAUACCUUACCACGAUGGUACCAGCAUUGGCAUCCCGCAUAUCGCAGUUUGGAGUAUGGCGUCUGGCUCUGAUGACCCGCACCUCACGAACGUCCUGGGCAAGAAGUUCGACCUGAACAUGCCUGGCAGCUACGUGCUGAUUAGGGCCCCCCAAGACCCGCGGCUGCCCGCCAAGUUGGAGAUGACUGCCACCCUCCAGGCCUCGGCGGGCAGCCCCUGCGGCCUCUACAUCAAGAGCGUUGAGCUCGGCGGCGAGUGGCUGGGCGACCAGGUGGUGAGCGUCGUGCCGCUCCAGCGCAACGUCGAGGGCGACAACGGCGCGGGCAAUGCCACGCCACGCCCGUUCUCCGUGCGGCUCCGGGAGGCCCGGCGAGGCGCUCUGCGCGCGGAGGCGGGCCCAGUACGAGCAGUGGGGGGACAUCGGCAAGCAAGGCCGCAGCCUGUCUGGACGCGUCCGCCUCCUGCCUGCAUGGAGGCAGGUGUUCGCCGACGCUGGCAGUCCGCAGGAGGCAGAGGCCUUCCAGUUCCACAUCCGGGGCGACGGCGCAGAACACGGCGCCACACUGGAGGCGGCUCAGGCGGCCCACCAGGCGCUCAACAUCCGUGCCUCCGGCCUGCGGAGUCUCGGCUUCGAGCACCUCGGCGGGCUGCUGGGCACGGAGGAGCACGACAGGUCGCUGGAGCAGUUGGCCGACGCGUGCAAGGCCUUCCGGGCGAGGUCCAGGCAGAGCAAGCAAGCCCGCGUCGCCGGUGGGCUCGUCCAUGGCCGCUUCUUGGGACACGCCCAACUGAAUUUGGACGCGGGCGCAAGCAUGCCCACGUCGCCAGUGAGCUCGUCAAUGACCGCCUCUUGGGACGCGACCAACUGAUUUGGGCCCACGGAAGGAGGAGGAGGAGGAG